CUUAUCGAGAAGAGAUUGAAAUCUUGCAGAUAAUGAAUUUUUAUUAUAGAUAUGUUAUUACCUAAACAUUAUUGGUAUUACUUCUUCUUUAAGUAUAACUUUAACAAGUGUAAUUCAAAUGAAAAGAAUAUUGUGUAUUUUUUUCUUAUUCCUUAUAGGACCAGCAUGUAAUCAGUUGGUGAGCAACAUAAGAUUUCUCCAGCAUGCCACCUAUAUGCUGAAGGUGGUUGAAGAAACAGUACACGAUAUUGAGGACAACGGCUGGUGCAUUCUGAAAAUUCCAGAAAUCGUCGAGGACUUAAAUUUUUAUUUGAUUGAUCGAAACAUCACCGGGAAAGUAACGUAUAAAAAUGGCUUCGUACACACAAUAGAACAUGUCGACGUGCUCACUAGGAGCGUCCAACAGAGAUGGCUGUGGAAUGCCACCUUGGGAUCAGCCGUAGCUAGCCUAGAGAGUCAGCUGAGGCUCCACAACGUAGUCCUUGGAUUUGACGUGAUUGCCGAUAUCGAUGAGAACCGUCACCAUUACACUGCUACAGUCACGCAUGGGCUGAUAGCUGUAAAUUUUGCGGUGGUAACAUUCAUGAGUCUGAAUGAAACAGAUAUAAGAGUAACCGUGGAUCGACCACUUGCACCUGUAAAGCGAAUUUCUUAUGUACCUCAAGAUGAUAGCAGCGAUAUGAUUGGAGCUUUGUAUAAACCAGAUACUACACGAAAUCUUGUUAUGCAGUGGUCCAAAACAAUACAACCUAUGAUGGAAGACGUAGUUGUCAACAGAGUGGUGUUCCCAACGAUCUGCUACGAUUGCGCGGCGUGAUUAACUAAUUAUUUUAGUUUUAAAAUUAAGUUUCAGAUUUUGGCAAUAUGUUUAAAUAAAUUUGCUAUCCUCACAGAUGUAUAUCAGAUGAUUUUAUAUCUUAAUAUAACUC